GAGCAUUGAAUUGGGUGUUCAAAGUUAUAGUAUAUUUGUUUUGGAAAGCCAUAUUUUUUUUCCUUGGCUUACAUUUGCUGAGUUUGGAGGGAAUUUGAGGAGAAAUCUGUCUUAUUUGUAAUAUAAACUUGGGAAGAUGGCUGCUUUGUCGCAUCAAGAUUCUCGACGUAUGUACUCUUGGUGGUGGGAUAGUCAUAUCAGCCCCAAAAACUCAAGAUGGCUUCAGGAGAAUCUCACAGAUAUGGAUGUCAAGGUUAAAGGAAUGAUCAAACUCAUAAAUGAAGAUGCUGAUUCUUUUGCAAGGAGAGCAGAAAUGUACUAUAAGAAACGUCCAGAGUUGAUGAAAUUUGUAGAAGAAUUCUAUAGAGCAUACCGUGCAUUGGCUGAAAGAUAUGAUCAUGCAACUGGUGUGAUCCGGCACGCCCACCGGACCAUGACAGAUUUAGGACUUGGAGAUGAUUCACCUGCAGGUUCUGAUCCUCAAACACCAGAGCUAUCGCCAAUGCUUAGUCUUUUUGACCUUGAAGAGCUGCAGAAAGAUGCUCUUGGAGUCGCUGCAUCUAAUACUCAUGAUCUCAAGAGCAAUGGAGGAUUCACAGAUGAGUCACACUCAGUGAUGAAAAGAAAAGUAUUCAAGCAGCGCAAUAAUUUGUUUGGAGACCAGGGAAGGUUUGCUGACGGAAGGGUUAGGAAGGGUCUGAAUUUUAGUGAGGCAGACGAGAAAGUAGUGCAGACCAAUGAGAGCAACAGUUUCCAAACUCGAGCACUUCCAGAUUCAGAGCGCAUGGUUGAAUCUGAGGAGAUUCUGAAGUUAAAGAAAGCACUUUCCCAAGUGGAAGCAGAGAAAGAAGCAGGCCUUAUCCAGUACCAACAGACAUUGGAGAAAUUAUCUCACCUGGAGUCAGAAGUUUCUCGUGCCAGAGAAGAUUCCCGAGGAUUUGGUGAACGAGCAAGCAAAGCUGAAGUUGAAGCCCAGACCUUACGGGAUGCACUUUCUGCAUUGGGAGCUGAAAAGGAAGCUAAUCUUAAGCAGUAUCAGAAGUCCUUAGACAUGAUUUCUGAGUUGGAGAAUACUGUGUCCCAUGCACAAGAGAACUCUGUUGCAGUUGGUGAAAGAGCUAGCAAGGCUGAACUUGAAGGCCAAACUUUAAGAGAAGAUCUUGCAAAUGUAGCAGCUGAAAAAGAUGAAGCUCUUAAGCAGUACAUGCAAUCUCUUGAGAUGAUAGCAAAUCUGGAGAACAAAUUGCAGUGUGCUGAAGAAGAUGCCAAAAAAUUAACUGAGAGAGCUGAAAAAGCAGAAAAUGAGAUUGAAUUUCUCAAACAGGAAAUCCUAAAAUUCACUGGGGAGAAAGAAGCUGCAGCUCUGCAGCUCCAGCAAUGCUUGGAAACCAUCUCCACUCUAGAGCAUAAGCUUUCUUGUGCCAAAGAGGAGUCCCAAAGGUUGAAUGCAGAGAUCAAUAACGGAGUUGCCAAGUUAGAAGAUGCAGAAGAGCGCUGCCUUUUGUUAGAAAAAUCCAAUAAAUCUCUUCAUUCUGAGCUGAAAUCUCUGACACUGAAGAUGGGUGUGCAAAAUCAAGAGCUUACAGAAAAGCAGAAGGAACUGGGAACGUUGUGGACUUGUGUACAAGAAGAACGUUUGCGUUUUGUUGAGGCUGAAACUGCUUUCCAAACUCUGCAGCAUCUUCAUGCCAAAGCUCAGGAAGAAAUGAGGGCUCUUGCUUCAGAGCUUCAGAAUCGGUUACAGGUGUUGAAGGACUUAGAAACGCAUAAUCAAAUUUUGCUGGGUGAAGUCCAGAAGGUUAAAGAGGAGAAUAAGAGCCUUGGUGAAAUAAAUGUAUCUUCAGCUAUAUCCAUAAGGGAUAUGCAAAAUGAGAUAUCCAGCUUAAGUGAAGCGAAGGGGAAACUCGAGCUAGAGGUUGAGCUUCGAAUGGACCAAAGAAAUGCUCUUCAGCAAGAAAUCUACUGCCUUAAGGAAGAACUUAAUGAUCAUAACAAGAAACUAUUAUCUAUUGUGACACAGGUGCAGGCAGUGGGCCUUGAUCCAGAAUGCUUUGAAUCAUCUGUGAAGGAGCUGCAACGUGAAAAGUCAAAUCUUGGAGAAACCUGUGAGAGGGAAAGAAGUGAAAAAAUAGCUCUUCUGGAGAAGCUACAAGUGUUCGAAGAGCUUCUUGUGAAAAACUCCAUUCUGGAAAACUCUCUGUCAGAUUUGAGUGCUGAACUAGAAGCUGUGAGAGGCAGUUUAAAGGCAUUAGAAGACUCUUGUCAAUCUCUUCUACAGGACAAAUCUGCACUUCUCAAUGACAAAGUUACUUUAACUAGUGAGUUACAGGUAACAAUUGAGAAUCUGGAAGAAGUCUCAGCUAAGAAUACUGUUCUGGAAAAUUCCCUUUCUGAUGCUCAUGCGGAACUUCAAAGCUUAAAGGUAAAAUCAAAGAGCUUAGAGGAAUCAUGUGAUGUACUAGUCAAAGAGAAAGCAGAUCUUGGUCGUGAAAAGGAAAAUCUAUUUUCUCAAUUGCAAGCUGCACAAAUUGCACUGCAUGAUCUAGAGGGAAAGUAUUCAGGACUGGAACAAAGACAUUCAACCUUGGAGAAAGAGAAGGAAUUGACACUUCGUGCAUUUGAAGAGCUGUGGGUUUCUUUGGAUGCAAAAAACUGUGAACAUGACAGUUUUGUCCACACGACUGGGGUACAGUUGGCUGGCAUGGAAUCAGAAAUGCAUGUUUUGCAGGAAGAAUGUCAAUUAAGAAAGCAAGAUUUUGAUAAGCUUCUAGAAAAAGCUAUUGAGUCUGACAUUCUCAACUUCACCUUACAGACAUCUUCCCAAGAUCUUGAAGGAAUGGGCUCUUCUUUGCUGGGUGAGUAUCAGAAGCUUUUUGAAGCAUCUACAUUUUCUAAAACUUUGAUUUCUGAUUUAAAGCAGAAGAAUGUUGAACAAAAAAUGGAAAUGACAUCCUUGUUUGAUCAAGUUAGUAUUCUGAGAAAUGGGAUAUUCAAGUUGCUGAAGGCUCUUGAUAUUGUUCCAAACCAUGCAUGUCAGGACAGGAAAGACCAAGUACAUCUUGACCAUAUUUUUCAUAGAGUUGAAGUUUCUAAAGAAUCCUUCAACAGAACUGAGGAAGAAAAUCAUCGGAGGGCUAUUCAGAUGAAUGUUCUUGUCACAUUGCUGGAGCAAAUAAAAUUAGAGGUGGAAGCUCUUGAUGCUGAAAAAACAAUUAUUAUCCAGGAGUCGAAUUUCAAAUCGGAGCAAUUAUUGGCGUUGCAGAGUGAAGCCGCUGCACUCAAGGAGGUUGGUGAAGAACUGAAAUUGAAAAUAAUGGAGACAAGUCAUAGAGGGGAACUUCUAGAAAUUGAAAAUUGUAACCUGGCAAAAGCAUUGCAGUUGGCAGAAGAUGAGUUGAAGACUGUUAAAAGUAUGAUGGAUCAGCUCAAUUUUCAAGUAGUUGCUAGCAAAAAUCUGAUGUCUGAAAAGGACACUGAGCUUCAAGGAAUGGAACAGAAGCUUUAUCUUACUGAAACUGAGAAAGUUGUGUUGCAUCAAAUUUUGAUGAAUGAAGUCGCUGCACUCAAAGAGGGUAGUGAAGAACUGAAAUUGAAAAUAAGGGAGAAGGAUCGCAGAGGGGAACUGCUAGAAAUUGAAAAUUGUGACCUAGCAAAAGCAUUGCAGUUGGCAGAGGAUGAGUUGAAGACUCUUAAAAGUAUGACGGAUCAGCUCAAUCUUCAAGUAAAUGUUGGCAAAAAUCUGUUGUCUGAGAAGGACACUGAGCUUCAGGGAAUGGAACAGAAGCUUUAUCUAACUGAAACUGAAAAAGCUGUGUUGCAUCAAAUUUUGAUGAAUGAAGUUGCUGCACUCAAAGAGGGUAGUGAAGAACUGAAAUUGAUAAUAAGGGAGAAAGAUCGCAGAGGGGAACUGCUAGAAAUUGAAAAUUGUGGCCUAGCAAAAGCAUUGCAGUUGACAGAGGAUGAGUUGAAGACUCUUAAAAGUAUGACGGAUCAGCUCAAUCUUCAAGUAAAUGUUGGCAAAAAUCUGUUGUCUGAGAAGGACACUGAGCUUCAGGGAAUGGAACAGAAGCUUUAUCUUACUGAAACUGAGAAAGCUGUGUUGCAUCAAAUUUUGAUGAAUGAAGUCGCUGCACUCAAAGAGGGUAGUGAAGAACUGAAAUUGAUAAUAAGGGAGAAAGAUCGCAGAGGGGAACUGCUAGAAAUUGAAAGUUGUGACCUAGCAAAAGCAUUGCAGUUGGCAGAGGAUGAGUUGAAAACUCUUAAAAGUAUGACGGAUCAGCUCAAUCUUCAAGUAAAUGUUGGCAAAAAUCUGUUGUCUGAGAAGGACACUGAGCUUCAGGGAAUGGAACAGAAGCUUUAUCUUACUGAAACUGAGAAAGCUGUGUUACAUCAUAUUUUGAAGAGUGAAGUUGCUACACUCAAAGAGGGUAGUGAAGAACUGAAAUUGAAAAUAAGGGAGAAAGAUCACAGAGGGGGACUGCUAGAAAUUGAAAAUUGUAACCUGGCAAAAGCAUUGCAGUUGGCAGAAGAUGAGUUGAAGACUGUUAAAAGUAUGACGGAUCAGCUCAAUCUUCAAGUAAAUGUUGGCAAAGAUCUGUUGUCUGAGAAGGACACUGAGCUUCAGGGAAUGGAACAAAAGCUUUAUCUUACUGAAACUGAGAAAGCUGUAUUGCAUCAAAUUUUGAAGAACUUGAGCAGAGAACUUAUUGGGAGUAAAAUAAUUAUGGAGGACCAAGAAAAGAAGAUCCUAAAGUUGUGUGCUGACAGUAACCAACUGCGCACAGAAAACAUGCACCUUUUUGAGGCCAGUCAGCUAUUGCAGGAAGGGCUUCAGCAAUCAGGUGGUGAGCUUGAAAAGCUAAAGAUGCAAGAGGAAGCGUUGCACUCUGAGCUCCAGAAGCAAUUGAAUGAGAUUAAGACAUGGAAGUUAGAGAUGGAUGUGCUUUUAGGCGAGUUGCAGGUCUCGAUGUUCUACCAUAUCCUUUAUGAGCAGAAGAUUCAUGAGCUUGCAGAAGCAUGUCAAAGCUUUGAUGUCCAAAUCACUUCAAAGGAUAAGGAUAUUAAACUUCUGAAAGAAAAAGUGAGCACUUUGGGUACUGAAAAUGAAGACCUUAACACUCAGUUAGCUGCAUAUGGACCUGCAAUCUUCUCUUUGAGCCAAUGCAUAUCAUCCCUAGAGAAGCACUCCUAUUUGCAUGGGAAACCCAAAAAGCCUGAUAAUGAGGACACAAAGGACAUUGUAGUAGCUCCUACAGAUGACAGCACUCGUUUGAAAGACAAUGAAAAUGCAGUGACAACCGAUGCAUUUUUUGAUCUGCAUGGAUUGGAAAUAAGGGUUCGAGCUGUUGAGAAGACAUUGGUUGAAAUGGAGCAGCUUGUGGUGAAGGAAAAUGUGAACAUGCAUAGCAAACUACAGGCUGCAAUGCAACAAAUUGAGGAGUUAAAGUCAGAGAGUAGCCGACAUAGAAGAAAUUCAGCUCCUAAAUCUGAAAUCUUUGAGGCAGAAAACGGAAUCCUCACCAAGGACAUCAUGCUUGACCAUGUAUCUGAGUGUUCAUCCUAUAGAAAUGGCAGGAGAGAGCAGGAUAAUCUAGUUUUUGACCUAUGGGAUACUACCAGUCCUACUGCUGGUAAAGCAAAGUUGGAUGAUACUCCAAAUGCUGAAAAUGAUAUUGAUUUCCAUAAACGUGUUAUAUCAGUGAAGAAAAAGUGCCAACGUCCUGCCUCAGAUGUGCUAAGUGAGAAGUAUUCAGAUGAGGGCAAACUGAACAUCUCAAAGAGAUCAACAGAGUCCAUUCAAGAGGGAAACAAGAGGAGGGUCUUACAGAGGCUUGAUUCUGAUGUGCAGAAAUUAACUAACCUUCAGAUCACAGUACUAGACUUGAAGAGGGAACUUGAGAUUACUGAGAAGGGAAAAAGGGGUAAAGCUGUAGCUGAAUCAGACACUCUCAAAGGACAGCUAAAUGAAGCUGAGGCUGCUAUUCACAAGUUAUUUGAUCUUACUGGUAAGUUGAUGAAGAACAUGGAAGACAGCUUUGGUUCUGCUGAUAUGAAAUCUGCACUGGAGUCUGAAGAGAUUGGAAAUGUUAGUAGGAGGAGAUAUUCAGAACAGGCACGGAGAAUAUCUGAGAAAAUUGGGCGGCUGCAAUUAGAAGUUCAGAAGUUGCAGUUUGUUUUACUGAAACUCAACGAUGAAAGCAAAGGAAAUAGUAGGGUCCCGGAGACAAAAAGAAGGGUUCUACUACGAGAUUAUCUCUAUGGCGGGGUUAGGAAAAGCAACAACAAGCGAAAGAAAGCAUCAUUUUGUGCAUGCAUCCAGCCUCCAACUCAGGGAGAUUGAAGUUUUAACUAAGGUGUGCAGUUUACAUAUGUUAGUUAACUAGUUUAUAGUUCAUUUUUCACUUGUGUCCAUAUUACUUUUAAUAGUUUCGGUAUGAAUAUAUUCAGAACCUUAGCCUCUUGGAGAGAAUUUGUUGUAUAUUCGUGUCCAGCUAAAAGAUGCAGCCUUUUUAUUUACAAAUGUUUUCGUGAUUGCUCUAAGCUUGUCUCAAAUAAUUGGGUUGUCCCUGUACAUAUUUCUUCAACCUCAGUUACUUUUGAACA